AUGCUCCCCUUCCACCCACGCACUGCCGAGGGUUGUGGAGCCGCAUGGGCCAUGGGGUGGUGGCCGAUUGUGUUCUGUUUUGAUCCCCAUGUAGUCCCGAUCGUGACAGAAAUCGGAGGUUAUGGCCCCGCGGGCCCGAUUGACCAAAUUUGGAAGUUGGACCUUAGAAACUCCGCGUCAAUCGUACUCAAGCCCCAUGAGCUCAACAAGCAGGACCCUCUUAGGAUCAAGCUGCAUGGGAUUAUCUGUGAGUGGACUAUGGAGGGAGACUCUGCUGAAAUUUCAGUAGAAAGUCUCGACCUCUUUUCCUUUGUUUUUGGAGAAGAGGAUGUUGUUAGUAAGUGGGCCCAGCAUCGAUUUGAUGUCGGAAAAGCCACAGGGUUUGUCAUGGAUUCCGAGGAAUUCGGGGCGGGUCCUGUCAGACUCAGACUCAUGGAACGUCGCCUUGCAGACUUAGAAGCAGCUAAUCAACAUGACGAAGCAGUGAAUGAUCGAGACUCGGAGAGACACAAUUUUCAUUAUUGCGAUGAGCAAGACCUUGAUGAAAGGGUGAUGAGAUUAGUGAAAGUUGACGCUUCUUAUUUUGAUGGUGAGAUAAAUCCUAAAAAACUCAUCGACUUGUUAGCUUACAUGGAUCGCUAUUUUGAGUGGCAUGACAUGUCUGAAGCUUGA